GGCGCUGUGGUGGAAGGAGGCCCUAGGCCUGAGGGAAGAGGCGGCUGCGACCGCUACAGCGCUGCGGGGGCAGCGAGUUGGCGCCUCUGCCCGUUUUUUGCAGCCCUCGGGAGAGCCUGUGGACCAGCUGUGGCUGAAGCAAAGCCCUCCCCUGGGUACAGCAGGUGGGGGCUUUGCCCCUUCCUCACGUGAAGGUGCAGGACAUUGAACUCGGGGAGGCCCCCGGUGGUAAUGUUGUUUGUCCUGGCCAGGUCACAGGAACCAUUUUCUCUUCAAGCUGGACUUCAGCAUAACCAAGAGACAGAAACAAAUUUUACCUUGUCAUCUUUACUCAUCCUGCUUAAAAUCUCCUGGUCAUUUUGAAAGAACUAUCAGUAUGGAAGAUUAUGAGAUCAAUUAUAGUAAGGAAGAAGAGCAAAAAUAUCUUCCACCAUUUCUGGAAGAAAACGAAGAGGAAGCUGAAUACCAGCUUGAGGAAGAGUUGGCUUGUGGUGUCAAAAUGGGAAAUGAGGACACUGCUGAACGAGCUGGAGACAAACCUGAUUCUAGCAUAACAUCAGGAGCAGUUGGAAAAAGAGAAGUUUGUCUGCCAAAGAAUACCAGUGUUGGAUUAGAUGAUCUGAGUACCUGUCAACGGCGGAUCAAGGUGCUAGCAGAGCAGCUGGAUUAUUUAGACUUUGAAAUAGAGAGAGAGGAGGAGGCUGGCAAUGUUGAAGCCUUGUCCCGCCUUCAGGCACUGCGCAAUCAAUUGUGCACUGAACUGGAGGAAGAGGAGGAUUUUGAGUUGAAAGUUGCUGUGACACUACAAGAAAACAUGCUUGAGAUGUGGCAGAUAGAAACUGAGCAGGGAAAAUAUGAAAUCCUCCAUGAACAACUUAAAAAAGAUGAGGAGGAGCUAGAGAUGCAAUACCAAGAACGAGCAAAGGUGCGGAUUUGGAAGGAAGAAAUAGCAGCACUGCAAGCAGAAGAAAAUCGGCGGGCUAGAGCAAAAAAAGAAGAGGAAGCCCAGAAAAAAUAUCAAGAAAGGCAUAAAAAAAUACUUGAAGAUGCCAAAAGGAACCAUGAAAAAGCAGUCCGUUUCCUCAGAGAAAGCAUAGCAAGAAUUCAUGAAAAAAAUGCAAAGGAAGAAGUGAAAACUCAGGAGCAUAUGGAGAGAAGGAUACAAGCUGUGCUUUCCCUGAAAAACAGCCUAACUUCCAACAGGGAAAAACUCCAAACUCUCCAGGCUUGGAACAAAGCAAUGGCCUUUGAGGCAAAGAAGCAGGAGAUGGAAAUGAGGGAAGCUGUCCUAGCAGAAGGAGGCAAUGUUGCCAAGGAAAUUUUCCUCCAUAAACGACAGCUACAGCAUGAAAAAGAGAAACAAGCUUUUAGAAAACGGCAAAAGUCAAGAAAAAUUGAGAUUGUUUCUCGAAUUUUGCAAGAAGAAGCUUCUAUUUGCAAGCAGAAAAGAAGUCAGUCCUGUACUAAGGCAAUUAAGGGUAGUGGUAAACUUGAGGAUUCUUCACUGUGGAGAACGCAAACGUGGCGAUAUAUCGAGACGACCUGCAAACACUCAGCUGGAGCAGUAUCACAGAAGUCAUGGCACUCUCCGCUAGCUUGUUCCUCAGCGGGUGAGAGAACUGCUUCUGUAGGAGAGAAUUCUGAAGAAAUACCCCAUGACGUGCUCUGUGAAAGUGAUGACGAUGAGAAAGAGAGGGACAAAACCCUACUAGAACCUGAGUUCCCAGGACUUUGGGAUCAGGAAUGUGACUUGCACAAGAUAUCCAAAGAAGAAAUGGUUCCAAAGCAGCUGGCUACAAGUGUAGUGAAAGAAGAACUUUUUGACAAAAAAAGGGAGAAAUUCCAAACUGGAGUUUUUCACAAGCAAAUAGUGUCUGGUCGUGAACGUAAGGGAUGUACUUUCUAUAGUAAACCAAGCUGCAUUCAUUUUAAGGAUUUUGAUGUUGGUCAAAUCUACAAAAAGAAGAUAGCUUUGAUAAACGCAUCCUACAGUGUCAAUUCCUGCAGACUAGUGGGAAUCAGUGAAUGGCUCAAGGACUUCAUCAGUAUUCAUUUUGACCCACCCGGCAAAAUGUCUGCUGGAAUGUCCUGUGAAUUAGUGGUAACAUUUAAGCCAAUGAUAAAUGAAACCCUGGAAGGAGAAGUCAUGUUUAUGGCACAGACAGGUUCUUUUUCUGUUCCACUGAAAUGUACACCCAAGAGAUGCAUUCUGGCACUAGAUAAAGAGCUCAUUGACUUCGGCAGCCAUGUGGUGGGAGAGACAAUUUCACGGACCAUCAACCUGACAAACAGUGGAGCUUUGGGAACAAGAUUCAAAGUUCAGAUGUCAGCAGGUGACAGUAGUACAUGCAGAGCAACAGAAAAAUCUUCUCCUGGAAGAAUGGUUACUGAACACUUCAGUGACGAUGUCCCUGUAAAGAAAAACAGCGAUAGUCCUGUGACAGCUGCAGUUGAGAAGGAACAAGUUUGUCCUGAGGGUAGUAAGGAAGUGACCUGCUGUGCUGCCCAGGUGGAGCAGCAGAGAGCUGAGACAAGCCGGAGCAGUAGUUCCGCAGAACAACUUGGUCAAGAUAUAUCACAUUCCAGAUCAGAUCUAGACACAGACAACGCACAUAAUGUAGUGGAACUUUCUCCUGAAGAAACACCAGUCGAAAUCAUGCUUGGAAAGGUUACUGAAGGUGAAAUUGGACCCCGCAGCUCAGUCAAACUUCAGAUUAUAUUUGUCCCAGCUAUCCCUGGAGAUGUGCGGGCAGAGUUUGUGAUCAUGUUUGACAACUCAGACUGCAAACCACUAUGCUUUAGUGCCGUUGGGGUUUCUGUUGAUGUGCCGGUUUGGGUGCCCAAUCCCAACGUUGAUUUAAAGAUCUGUAUGUAUGACCGACUCUAUCAGGAUUGCGUUGUCAUUCAGAGCAGAGCAAAAGCCACGCUGCGUUUGAAGUUUGAAGUAUGCAAAGGAUUGAGUAAGCACAUGGAGCUGCUUCCAAAAACAGGUUACAUUCAAGCUCAGUCAUCCUUCAGUGUGCGACUUAAGUUUCUGCCCAGGCACUCUCUUCCUGAAGAUGCAGGGAGCUAUUUUAAUGAGGAAACAAGAAUUCUGGAAGUCCCAGUGACAAUACUGAUUGCAGAUAAAGCUAAAAAAGUUAAUUUUACUGUCCAUGCAAUUGUUACUACUUCUGAUUUGGAAAUCAGUCCAUCACAAAUAAAUUUUGGAUUCUGUACGAUCCAUGAAGCUGUGCAGGCAAAUGUCAGGAUAACAAACAAAUCUAUAUUGCCGCAAGAGUUUGGAUUUGUGGGGCUUCCAGAGUUUGUUGAAAUUCAGCCCAGUGAUGGAUUUGGAAUACUUCUUCCCCUUGAAAGCCUGACGUUGGACAUAAUCUUUAAAGCUAACAAGGCCAAAGAGUACAGCUUUGAACUAACCUGCAAGUCAGAGAUUAAUAGACAAUUCAAGCUGUCAUGCAAAGCAGUUGGAGUCCACCCACCUCUUGAAUUGUCUCAUUCCUUAGUUCGCUUUGCUGCAACAGCUUUAAAUGGUGUGUCUACAGCAACACUGUAUGUGAUGAACUCCCGUGUGAGCGUCAACCCCUUUACUCAUGCUGUCCCCAGAACUGGCAACGGGGAAGUUGCCCCGGUUGGACCCGCUUCAUUUGAAUUCUGUGUGCCAGAAGACUGUCCAGUGACAAUUGCACCUUCUGUUGGAACUGUGUUGCCUGGGAAGAAAAGCUUGAUUCAAGUGUCCUUCAGACCAACAUUGUCAGAUCAGCUAAUCAGAGAAGAGGCAGUUCGGAGGCUUUGCAGAGCAGCUGCGAUGGGGGCAGAAAUACAAAAAAGGAAAAAAGAUGAAAAGAAAGAGGGGAAGAAAUUAAGCAUUUCCAUUACCCGGCGGCAGUCUUCCAGACAGCUUGUAAGGGAUGAGGGCAGUAAAUACCUGACUUCUCUAAACAGUUCUGAACAGCCAAAAUCUGAAGAGUUAAAGCCUGAUUCUGAUGCUUAUAUGGCAGCCCAGGCCUCCCUGAUGAGGAAUUUCAGUGGGAAGUUUGAAAAAUACAUCAUACCGUGCUUUGUUGCAAGUGGAUGUAUCGAUGAAAUGAAAGGCCCUGAAAACUUAAGCUGCAGCGCUUACAACACUUUGUAUUUGGAGUUGCACUGUCCAGCUGUAGCGCCAUCUGUUGUGGUCACUUCAGAUAAUGGAAAAAACCCAGUCAAUUUUGGUGAUGUUGCAGUAGGCCACCGAACAUUUAAGCGAAUUAUAAUACAAAAUAUCUCCCCAGAGAAGCUGGAACUGGGAUUCUCAGUUCUGAAUCCCAAUGGUCCCUUCCUGUUGGUCAGACCAGUUGAGAUGCUUGAGCCAGGUGAAAAUAAGGCCCUCAUCAUCUCUUUUUGUCCAAAUGAGAGUAAAUGGUUUUUUGAAACGCUGGAUGUCGGGACGACAAAAACCAAUCUAACCCUCGGUAUCACGGGUCAUGGGGUGAUGCCAUCGACGGUUUGCUCUGUGGAAGAAGUACUCCAUAUGGGCUAUGUCGUAGCCAGAGAGAAGGUGACUUCCACAUUCAAGAUACAGAACACUUCCACGCUGAGCCUGCGAUACUCCAUACAACUGGAUUCGCUCUCAUCAACGAGGGACAAAGAUCAGCAGAACCUUCCAUCCUUUAUCACGUCCUCUUUGCAAAGAACAGAGUUUGUUGGAACACAGAACUAUAAUGGCUUAAGUGUGUUCAGCAUCUUUCCAACAGAAGGAGAAAUUGUUUCUGGGAAGAGUCAGGAUUUUACAGUUACUUUCAGUCCUGAUCAUGAAAGUCUGUACUAUUCUGACCGUCUCAAGGUUGUGCUUUUUGGCAAGGAAACAGCCCAUGUGAUCCAGCUAAAGGGCGCAGCAAGAGAGCAUCCCAUGUUUGUGGAGGGGGGGGUUCCACUAGAUGUGCCCGUGGAGUCCUUGGCUGUAGUGUCACCUGUGUCAUCGCAGGAAGCGCUAAAAGGAGAGCCAAAGGAACCAGUGAAGUCCAUUCUCCUCAUUCUGGAGUACAUUGAGGGAGAGAGUCCUCCGGUGCCAGCAAGGGCAGAACUGAAAGUUGGAGCUAUACAGACAGCUCGGUUUGCAUCUAAGAAGCCCGUGGAGUUCAGUUUGGACAGCCUGCCUCUCCUGCAGCAGCAGGGGUUCACCCUCGGCGCUGGGAAGGGAACGGUUGAGCGCGGACAAGUAAAAUGCAUCGAUGUUUCUUGGGUGCCACCUGCUGACUUCGAGGCCGAUGACCCUCUGCUUGUGACAGCCCUCCUGACCUUGAAAGGUGACAUUAAGGAAUCUUACCGGAUCCUCUUGAUGGCAAAAGUUGUGUCUGCAUAUGCUCCCACUAAGUGAGAGAACCAGGCUACACGGAAAGAUUAGGCUUGUGUUACUGGGAGAUCACUGGUUCUCGGUUGAAACACAUAAAUAUUUUGAAGUUGUUGCAAAUAUGCGAGGGGAGCAGGUAACAUGUAAUAUUUCUGGGGGUUCCCCCACAAAAUUCUAUGUAAACUCUGGUUCCACUAGUUUCAUUUUCAAGCGGACUCUGUGGCAGUAAUCUUGUGGUGGAAGAAUUAAUGAGGGGCCCAAGUAGAUCUAUCUGGUUAAUCACAGUGUCUCCCGAAGGUGGGCAUUCCCUCAGCAUGAAUAUCUUUUUUACAUCUACAUGGGUGAGUUUCAAACAAUGUAUCUGUCUCCAAUUUGAGAUGCAUUUUCAUGGAUUCAGAAGAUCCUUAACUUUUCCCCUCUGAGGACCAGAAUAAAGCUUCUUAUUCAAGUUUCCUCCAAAA